UUUCUUCUCUUAAAAAAGGUCAGCAACAUUUAAUGGCACCUUCAGGGCCUUCUUCUCUCCAAGUUAAAAUAACCUCCCUUCCUUUACACGUUUCUUUGGCUCAACAUUUGCCUCAAAUGGUUUUUACUGUUGUUGGUAGAUUUGCAAAUGAAAGAAUUUUUUGUGUUAGCGAAUCGCCAGUUUCUCAAUUACGUUUUAUAUGUGUUGAUUGUGCACAGAGAAAUAUUACAGACAUGUUUGAUUAUCUAAAUAGAGCACAGGAUAUGACACAUGAAACUGGAUUUCCGACAGUAACUCUGCCCAGUGUAGAUGCCAAUCCAGCGUGGACUGGCGCCAGUAUAAUGUGUCAAGCAGCUGUUAAUGGAGGGACUAAAGAUUCUCCCGUUUCGGUUAUUGAAGUUCGUUAUUUACGUAAUGUGCAUGUUGUUGAUACAAGUGGACAGGGGCCUGUGCUGAUUCCCAAUCAGGGCUUUCAUUUCUAUGUUGAAUGUGUUAGAGGCCAAGACGGUCUUUGUCAACCCAGUGCAAGGCGUAAAACUCUUCGCUGUGCAGUCCAAGCUAAUCCUCCAGCCAAUAAAUUUGGCUGGCUCAAAAAUGGGCAGGUUAUUAGUGGAAAUGGACCUGAAAUUACUAUCGGAACUGAAAUGAUUGGUCAUUCCCUUCAAUGUGCAGCAAACAACGGGCUUUAUGCGGAGGAGAAUCCACUAAAGUCUGAAGCUGUUUCGAUUGACCCUUACACUGCUGCAAGGCUUUUACAAGACAAUUUUCAGCAAGCCCAAUCCAGCACUCCUUUCCAGUCAGGCAAUCGUGUUGAAAUGGGUCAAAGCGUUCAACUAAACUGUCUUGUUGAAGGCAAUCCGCGUCCUGUUGUAUUUUGGAAGUUGAGACGUCCAAAUGGAGCCGUUGUGGAUGCUGCUUGCCCACAAGGAUUAAACGGUCAAUAUCGAGAAACAGCAGCAUUAGUCACUGGAGGCCCGCAAAACGGGGCUGUUGUUCCUCCUCCAAUUCAACCAACAACAAAUUUAAUUCGUUUACAAGCCUCUUGUAUACUUCAUGUAGCUAAUUAUUCAUUUUCUGGGCAGUAUUGGUGCUCGGCUUGUUCUUAUGUUUCUCAAGGAUUUCCAGAAUGUUCUCCAGGAUUGGAUACUCCUGGAGAAAGACUUUUAAAUCUACAAGUGCAAGGAGCACCACAAAUGUCAGAAGUAGAGCCUUCUGUUGAACAACCAGAAUAUAGAAGUAGUGCUAUUGUAUUAGUUCAUUUUUGUGCUGAACCAAGUCCUCGGCCGCCUAGAGAGUUAGUCUUUACAAUUGACGGGAAUGAUAUUCAAUUAGGUCAACAAUUUCAACACUUUACUUUUGACAACGUUAUUCAGAACAAUACAGUUCCAAAUUGUUUUGUUGCAAGAUUAAGAAUUGCCCCAGUUAGAGAAGACGAUCAAGGAAGGCAAAUUGUUCUUAGAGUACAAAACCAAUUUGGGACAAAACAUAUUCCCGUCUCUCUUGGUGAUUUAUUAGGCGUUGACGCCUCUCAAAUGGGAAGCUUUCCUGGAUGGGCUGUUUGGCUAACAGUUGCCGCUUUAGGCAUACUUUUUUCUUGUUCUGUUAUUUAUUGUAUGAAGAAGAAUUUGCUUUGUUUUUAUAGUAAGUUGUUUUGAGAUUAGAAGAAAAUAGGAGAGGGAUUAGGCAGAUUUACUGCGAUCCAUGCUGCAUUUUAAGAAAACGUAAUGCGGAAGCAGUAGGGUCUAAAAUAGCGGAAUUGCGGAAGACGUAAAAAUCUCCUGCAAGAUUUAUCGAAUUAUACCAAACCUGACUAAUCUGACCUUCAUAAUCCAACGC